AUGAAUAAUAUGUUAAGUGGCUCAUUUUUGCUGCUCAUCAUCCGCCAAACGGGUGAAAUUGAUGAAAAAAAAGGCGAAACUUUAGGAAACCAAAGUGUUAUGAUCUCGCAAAAGAAAAAGCCGCAAGUGAAAAUAUACAUAAAUGUUUAUGGUUUGAAGGAGAGAAGGUUUUUAAUUUCGUCCAUCUCGUACAAUUUGAAAUCAUGCAACUCAAUGCUCGUUGUUGAAAUUAUGAAGAAUUGUUUAAUGAAACCUGAGAAACCAAAAACUUAA